AUGGUGGCGGAUAUCACCUUCUCGGCACAUCGUGUCCUGUGCGGCUUUAUUGCUACUUCCACUUUCCUUGAUGCGGGUAACUGCCCUGGCGCCUCGUUGUGCUCGAAUCUUCAAUCGCAUGAUUGGCGUCCAAUUAACGCAUUCUUUCCCACCGCAAUCUCUUCCUGUCGUGCAGAUUUCGUCCUGGAUCUCGUGCCCAAUGGCGAACUUCUGGACCGAAUCAAGAAGCUUGGCAGCCUUACUUCGGAAGGCGCUCGUUACUAUACUGCUCAAAUCGUCGAUGCCGUAGGAUGGAUGCACAACCUCGGGCGAUCUCAAGCCCGAAAACAUCUUGCUGGACGAGGGAUUCGAGUGAAGAUCACUGAUUUCGGUAGUGCUCGGAUAGACCCAAUGGAAGGACAAGGGGGAGGAGUAACCAACCCCAGCAGCGUUGGACCUUCCAGCACAGCCAAUGGCGCGGUCGAUUCGGUCGUGGACCAGCCGCGCGCAAGUUCGUUUGUGGGGACUGCCGAGUACGUCAGCCCCGAGUUGUUGAUCAACAAUGUGACGAGUCGAAGCUCGGAUAUAUGGGCGAUCGGAUGUAUCUUGUUCCAAAUGUUGGCCGGGCGUCCUCCGUUCAAAGGCGGUUCCGAGUACCUUACUCUUGAACAAGUCAAGCGCUCGAGUACCAGGUGCCAGAGCAUUUCGAUUCCGUCGCGGAGGAACUUGUCAAAAACAUUCUGGGAUCUAUCUUUCUCGUCUUGUGCUGACCGCGCCUCACAGGUACUGGAACCUACCGCACGCCCGACCAUUGCAGCCAUUCGUAGCCACCCGUUUUUGGCGGAUACUGUGCCCACCUCCGCCCGAGUCCCAAUGGAGUUCGAAUCCGAUGAAGACGACGAUUGGAAUCGGUUUGUUGACGGAAGCAAUGAAGAAGAGGGAGGGCCCAAGGAUGUCAGCUCCUACAUGGCACGAAUGGGCUACUUUGGUCCCGGUGCCCUGCCUCAGCAAAGCACGAGCAGCGAACCUACUCCACGUGCGACCGAGCCCAGUUACAACUUCCAAGACUACAGGUUUGGGGAAGUGUCGACUGUGCCUAUCCCUGCUACUGCAGAAACUUCGCUGCUCUUGCAAGCCGAACCGGCCCCGCACUCUCGUUCGUCUAUCCCGCCGUCGCUACCGCCCAUCUUAUCCCCAGGGUUGAGCACUCUUGAAAACGAAAUCGCGGUCGAGGACGAUGAUUAUGUGCCCGAGCUCCAGUCGAAAGAACAGCGUAUACGAACAGACCCAUUGCGAGCGUCUCAUUCGUCUACCAUCUCGGGUGCUGGAACGGCAAGUUCUUCAGAAGGGAGCCCUCUCGGUUCCACGGUCGGAACAGCACGCACCGGAAGCGGAGAACGCAUGCCUGCUGCGGGUGGGGAUGUUGAGGGUUUGAGGACUGCGUUGGCCGUCAUGGGACUGGGUAGUGACUCAGAGCGACUGACGUCUGCGCUCGCGCCAGGCGAAGCCCCCAUGUUCAUGAGCAGCAUCUUGUCGCGGCCGCGGCAUCGACUGACGGCCGUCCUCCCCUCCAAGCGCCGGAUUCUUAUACUCACUACUACACCGCGCCUGUUGUGUAUCAAGGAGGAACGCGAUCGGGUGGUUGUUAAAUUCGCCUUGUUGUUUUCUGGUCGCGAAGCACCUCAACCGCCGUCCAACGCACGGGGCCGGUCUAUAGCCAGAUGGAAGCAGCAACCCUCCACGUCGUCCGCAUCUACUCAGAGCACAGAUCGUGGGUCGGAAGCGGACGGAGAGCAGGAGAAUCCCACAGAGGAGACAGUUCAGAAUGUGGAGACCAAGGGGGAGAAGAGUUUUGUUAUUCAGACUCUGUCCAAGAUUUAUACCUUUGUAGCAGAUAAUUCAGAAGAAGCCCAACGAUGGGUCCAACAAAUCAAGGCCGUCCAGCAGGCCCAAAUUCAACGCCGACGUAGUAGCAGGCUCUCGACUCGGCCGACUGUCAUCGUUUGA